AUGGCGUCAAAUACAUCCUGGAUGGCGAAAAGGACCUGAUAACUGACUUCCACCGCUCAAGCACAAUGAAGCGCUUAUUCAGGUCAACAAAGUCUCCAAUAGACCCGCUUCCGCCGCCACAGCAACCGUCCACGACUCCACCUUCAGGAAGGUCAACCCCACAUCAUCAAGGCGCAAGAAGUAUCACCACUCUCUUUGGAGGCGGAGAUAGCAAUGACAACAGCUCAGGUUAUGAGCACAAGUGGGGGUUCAGUCUUCACCACCACUCAGAGGUCACUCCAUUUCCAGCAGAAGUAGGAGCAGACGCGGUACCACCACAAGGCUCUACAAAGAGGAAAGACAAGUCUGCUACAGCGCCGAGCCUCCUUGAGAUCCAACAGAUGCAGGAAGAGGCUCAAGCAGAGGAAACAAGACGGAGAGUGCCAUCUCAAUCAGCACUGCACCCACCGCUCCAACCGACCCAAAGGCUCUCGAAGGGAUACCAAUCAUCUCCUUUACCGGAUGGAUGGCAAGGUGUACCAGCUCAGAAUCAAAAUAGCGGCUAUGAGACGUACGCCCCACCUCUUCUUGUCCUCAAUGCCUCCUUCUCACAAUCACCAACCAACUCAAACUCCUCUCUUACAAGCGGAUCAACGCAUCCCACCGUUUUUCUCCCGCCUGGCGCCCGACCCCCUACACCGCCUAGCACUCGGCCGCCUUAUCCCUUGCACAUGCGGUAUUCGCAGUCGAACAUUCACAACUCUGCGACAUCCGUCAAUAAGGAUGAGGCCACUAUCAAAAGUGGGAGAGAAAGAGGUUAUUCUUCUCCUGCAAGUGCAGUCGCUGUCACACCACGGAACGACCAAAACUACUCCUCAAAGCCCACAAAAGCUACCCGAUCGCCUCUUUCAAACGCAUAUGCUUCACCUGUCGAUCUGCCUGAUCUUCCGACCUUUCCCUUGCCUAAGCCAUAUACUCCAGGCAUCUCCACUCCUGCUCCCAAUCACUACUCACAUCUAGGUCCUUCCGCUGUUGAGAAUCAACCGAACGCUUUUUCACCCAUUGAAAACAUUGCCGUAGGCCUCAAUAACGAGGCGCCUACAAUACCGAACCGGAGGGAAGAACAUCAACACCAGCCAGAACUCAAGGAAAAGAAGCGCUUUUGGGGAAUGGGUAUCAGAUCAGAUAAAAAGACCAAGGCUAAAGCUCAGGCCGAGCGAGAACAUGCUGCAGGCCUUGGGCAAAUGCAAGUUACUCCGCAAGGGGAUUGGAGACCAUCAAUUGAUGAGUCCCGAGGGAGUAUAGAGGCAUGGCAUGAUUCGGAAUCUCGUUCCACUUCAGCGCACGGACACCUGGCACAGUUUGAGGAAGAACCUAGGAGUAGAUUGCCAGGUUUGGACUUUGGAAGGAAGGACCAUACAGCAACGCAGGUGAACGAUGUGACUUCUGCUAUUCAGAUGCUUGCUGCGUCUUCAGACCCUUCACCGGCGGCGAUUUACGAAGUCUGUGAUCGUAUCAAUCAUUCUGACAGCUCAGACUCCAUUAGCAAAGAAGCCGCUCGAGCCUUACGGAAAGAAUUUAAGCAUGGAAAUGAACUUGAGAGAAGGAAUGCUGCUAAACUGUGGCUUUUGUUGAUGCGUAACGUAACCGUGAAAGGGUUCAGACCAUACGGAUCGAAUAAGAAGUUCUUCCAAUCAUUGGAACCCAUAUUAUUCGCCCCAUCCUCAAGGCCUAUAGUGUCACCUUCGACCCACAGAUUGUUAACCGACGUCAUUGCCGAUCUGACCUUUUCAUAUGGUAUGGAGAAGGGUUGUGAGAUGCUAGUUGAUGUUUGGAAAAAGAUCAAGUUACCACAGGAAUCAGAUUAUGGGCACCCUCUCUCAGCCGACCAUCCUAUCUUUAAUACCAAUGAGGCCCCUCCCCAACCUCGACACCCCGCUAACCAAAUGGCAAAUCUGCAAAUCCAGUCUCCGCCUUCCGUUUCUACCUCUCGACAAGGUUCUUCACCAUCCCACGUUCAUCAAGCUCUUCCGCCUCCUUCGGCGCCUGCUCGUCACAUCCAGCAGCAACCGGCGGCCUAUGGCGGUCCAGGCUAUGCAAAUUUACCAAGCCACGGGGAGGACAUUAGGCGCUUGAUGGAAGAAUGUACAGCUGCCCGAGAAAGUGCUAGGUUAUUGGGUGACGCGUUGAUUUACACCAGGCCAGAAGAGCUGGAUCAUAAACCCGUCAUCAGAGAAUUCUAUGGCAAGGUUUUCCAUGCGCAUGAGUCAUUGACCAACCAAAUGGACUGGGCUCAAGCGGAAGCUUCACAUUCUCGCGAACGACAUGCCAACCUUACUCUUGAUGGGUCCGUUCCAAACAGUACGAAUGCCAAUUCCGAAACCACUCCUGAAGAACGGGCUCUAGCCGCACUAUUUGAGGCACAUGCGAUGCUGGCGGAAGUGAUGAAGCACCAUGAUGAAUUGGAGAGGAUGGCACAGGCUGAUAAGGAGUUGUGGGAGGUCCGGGAGAGGAGUAAAAAGGAGACAAAAAUGGAUAGAAGCCAACAGCAACUCGCUACCACACCGAUCAACCAAUCAUCGUCUUCUCGUUCUCCCUCACCAACUCCACGUGUUGCUCUUCCCCCCACAACAAUUCCCCAAUCCAACAACCCCUUCCGCGGUUCGGCUCAAGAUGUCUUCCGUUCUCGCACACCUUCGCCCGACCAGCAUACCUUCCAACACAUCCCACGAGUAUCAGCUUCCCCAGGUCAUAUGAGCUCACCUCUCGGCCCAGGAACUGGAAGCAAUAACUCCCACUCCCACGUGGGUGCUAGUAAUACCGGGAAUAACGGCGCGAAUAGCAAGCUAAGGAUGGGAGGCCCCAGACCGUUACCGAAUCCAUUCAAGACGAUGGCUGGAGGAGCGAACGGUAGCCAAGGAAGUUUGAGUACACAAGCUGACACAGUGCCCUCGAGAAGUGGGACGGGCGAUUCGAAUGGGUCGCAAUCUGCCUCCAUCAAUGUUGGCACUAUACAAUCUGCCGUGGUGAAUGGGGAUGAAGUUGACGGUGAUGAAUUGCCGAGAGUGCCUAUCAAGCCAAGUCGAAAGGCGCUGGGGAAGAGGCGGGCUGUGAUAGAUGAAGAUAAUGACUUUGAUCCCAACGACUUGUUCAAUCCGCAACCAGUCGACUCUCGUCCAAGAGGAUGUCACGCAAAUGAUGAUACGUCCUCUGACGAAUCACUGACCACCGACGCGGUGUUCAACGCCAAGCCUGUAGUUUACGCCUAUGAUGCGUACGAAGAGAGGCAGAAAGAGGUGAAGAGAUUAAAAGAGGAAGAAAAAAAAGGGAUUGUAGGCGGGAGUGCGGGAUAGAAAAUACCCCUGCGUUGCUCAAAAGGAGUGGUAAGAAAUGUCAUAUUGGGAUGCCGAAAUUUGACGACGAAACGUUGUACCUGUAUAUUUAUUAGUGUCUGGCACAAAACGUGUAACUGAACCUUGUACCUAGCAUCUAAGAAUCUAUAUCUUAUUAGAACGCGAUUUUUGACAAGACAUGUAGAUACAAAAGAUGAUGAUACCUUCUCUUCCUG